GCUAGGACUCCCCCGAUCUCCCGCUGUCUCUUCCUCUUUUUUUCCAAUCAUCCAACGAUUUCGGUGUUGUUUUGGUCUUUUUUCUCUCCUAGCUUCAGAUUGUUGAGAUAUGGCGUCCGCGGUUGAAAACAAGGUGAAAAAUGCCAAAUUGGUACUUUUGGGAGAUGUUGGAACAGGCAAGUCGAGUAUAGUAUUGCGUUUUGUUAAAGGCCAAUUUGUUGAAUUCCAGGAAUCAACAAUUGGGGCAGCGUUUUUUUCACAAACUUUGGCAGUUAAUGAUGAAACUGUGAAAUUUGAGAUUUGGGAUACUGCUGGACAGGAGAGAUAUCAUAGUUUAGCUCCAAUGUAUUAUCGGGGUGCAGCAGCAGCUAUAAUUGUGUAUGAUGUAACGAAUGCGGCCACUUUCACUCGCGCAAAGAAGUGGGUCCAAGAGCUCCAAGCCCAAGGUAACAUAAACACUGUCAUGGCUUUGGCUGGCAACAAAGCUGAUCUUGUGGAGGCCAGACAGGUCACUGCAGAGGAAGCCCAAGCCUAUGCUCAGGAAAACGGCCUUUUCUUCAUGGAAACCUCUGCAAAAACAGCAAUAAAUGUCAAUGAUGUAUUCUAUGAAAUUGCUAAAAGGUUUCUCCAGGCUCAAGCUCAACAACAGCAGAACACCAAUGGAAUGAUCUUAACGGACAGAGCAGCUAACAGGACUACAAGUUCAUCUUCUUGUUGUUCUUGAGAUCGCUGGGCUUAGCAAAUCUUCACAUCCCUCUCACCUCUCAUUCUUUCCAUAGCCAUGAAUGUGUAUAUUUACUGAAAAUUGCUUUAUUGAUCAAUCCGAUGGAAUGCUUUCUGCAGUGAUUUGCUGCUUUCUGAUAUUAUUUGUGUAUCUUGAAGAAUGUUUCUGUAUGAGUGCAUGUCUUUGAUAAGUUUUCCUGCAGUGAUAGGCCAAAUUCACAUUGUCAAUGCUGAUUUGGUCCAAGUUAUGGAAUUGUUCUUGUUAGAGAGAGUUGAAGAAUAGCAUAAAUGAGAGAAUUGAGAGUCUUAGUCUUUCUUUUUUACAA